UCGGUGACACCGAAAAAAUCAAGGUAUAUUUAAGAUGGGAGCUUUUUAUUUUUAGUUUUUGUGUGUGUGUGUGUGUGUGUGUGUAACGUUUGUCUGACGAUGUAACUUAGAGUGAAAUUGACGCAAAAUACGAAUCCGUCAUUCAGGCGCUUAAGGCAGAACAUCAAAAUGCUAUCGAAGCAUUGUCCAAUGAACACCAAGAAAGUCAAAACAAGCUUCUUGCUAAAAUGAAUCUACAAUCAGAAGCACUUCGAUCAGAAUUAGAGGUACAAAAGAAAAGAAUACAUGAUCAUGUGUAUUUCGUCAUUUGUGCUCUAACAAACCUAAACCUAAUAGGUCGAGUUCGCGGAAAGUUAUGAAUCACAAAUAAACCAACUGGUAAUGGAGCACAACAAGACAAAGAAUGACUUAGAAGCAGAAUUAAAGGAGGCGUUGGCAUUGAUUGAUUUGACCAAGUCACAUUCUGAACAAGAAAAACUUACGCUUGAGCAACAAUACCGGGACAAAUUAUCAAAUUUGGAAGCAGAACACCAAACACAGGUAGAAAACUUUGCAAAAAACAAUGACGAUGUUACAGAAAAAAUGCAAAAAGAAAUCGAGGCUGUUCAAAUGACAUGGCAAGAAGAACAACAAAAGUUGAUUGCCAAGAUUCAUGCUGAACACGAAGCUUCUACUCGAGCCAUCCAAUCCGAGCAUACCAACGCUUUGAUCGCUAUAGAAACCAAGUUGACAGCUGCUUUGAAAGAACUCGAGCAGACUAAAGCAGAAAAGGAACAAUACCUUACUGAAAUGAAAUCCGUGCGUGAGCAAAGUCAAACAGACAAGUCAAAAGAGGAUCAUAUGACCGAGAAAUACAAUCAGCUACAAAAGGAAAUUGAAACUUAUAAAGCUGAUGCUGAAGAAUUACGUACCCUCAAGAUUGCCUAUGAAAAAAUGAUCGAAGUCAAAGACAGAGAGAUUAAGGAAGUUGAAGAAAGAGUUGAGGAAUUGAUGAAUUCUUCUACUUUUCAAUUAAAGAAUGAUGAAAACCGGGUCAAAUCAAUUGUAUCUCAGCAUCAGAAAGAAAUUAAAGUUUUACAAACUCAGUCCCAACAAUUACUUGAUCUAAAGGAUAAAGAGUUAGAAGGUUUCUCUUAUCGACUCAAGACAAUCACUACUUCCCAACAAAAAGAUAUGGAGAAGUUAAAUCAAGAUUAUCGUCAAAAGAUUGCUGAUUUGAAUGCAGAGUGCCAAAAGAAAGAGGAAAACCUCAAAUCCAAAGCACUUGAAAUGAGAUGGAUGGCUGCUGAAUUUGAAAGUUCUGAGGCUAAAUUAAAGGACCAGGGCAUAAAACUCCAGAAUUUGGAAAAUGACAAUAAUCAACUCCGACAAACUGUCCAGCAAUACAAGGAAGAAAAUGAACAAAUGUUAAGACUUAUUCACCAACUUCAAAGUGAAAUGCAUCAUAUUCAUUAGAAUUGCCCUUAGCAACAGUGAAAGUAAAAUAUCGAGUACGCACGUGUCUAAAAUCUAUUAAUAAUCCAAUCAAAAUUAUCAAUUUAACAGUAUAAAAAAAAAUCUGCUGUAACAUUUAUUUUUUCUUUUUUAUCUUUUUUAUUUUCUGUCUUUCUAUUUUCCUCCUUUCUUUCUUCCCCCU